GUUUAAUUCCACUGAAAAGGGAAAGGACAAAGAUGUCUUACACUGGUGUUGCAUAAGCAGCAGUAUAAAUGACCCUUAGGACAGACUGACAGCAGUCUGCCUGAAAAGUCAGAAGAAUAUUCAGAAAGGAGCAGUGCUUCUGUUCAAAAUGGGGAAGCUGGUCGGUCUGUGCACUCUUCUCUCACUCCUCUGCUGGGUCUGUGCAGAUGUCGUGGAGAGAUUUGAGGAUGCUCCCGGGUGCCUGGAGUUCUUCUACGGAGAGAUGGUGCCUGACUGGGGAUCUUCUACACCCAACGCUGCACGAAUCUGCCAGAGAUUUGUGAACAGGUACCACUUUGCCACUCUGUACGAUACCAAGCACCGGAUUCCUGUUUACUCUGCUUAUUACUUCCAACCAAGUAACGGAGGAGGCAGAGAGGAGAGAUGGUUUGUGGAGCCUCAGCUGGUGAACAGUAGUUGGCAGGCUGAGAUGAACACCACGUCCAGGCUGCGACAGGACCACCCUGGGGUGUAUCUGGGAGAGAAUCAGGCGCUGUACGGGUUAUACAGGGGCAUGGCCAGCAGAGGGCAGCAGAGCAUUCAUGGGUUUCAUCUUCUCAGUUAGAAGCAAUACUGUAUUGAAAGGCCUCACAAUCAAGAUAGUGUAUUGUUUUGUUGUAAUUGUUAAUCACUAUGGCAACAGUUGUCAUUUUUCCUCAUUCUGAAAGCAAUGUAUUGAUAACACCUAAAACACUUGGGGGCCAACUGCAG